AUGGCGCCCACAGCCCCGACGAGAACAUCAGCGAGGCGUGCCUCGAGUCGUACGACCACCGAUACUCGAGCCGCAUCGCCUGGCGCAUCGUCGAUCCAGCCCAAACGCAAAGCCGUGCAUCCUGUCUUGUCCGAACAAGCCGACGCAACGCAGAUCGAUUCCACCAGUACUGAUGCUACAAGCCAUGCACAAACCUUGACGCUCGCCAAAAAGCCACGCAAAAAGUCAGCGUCUGACUCAGAUUCAGCCAGCGCUCCCAAGUCCCAAGACACAACUGCUGAUCCGAGCUUGCCCAAGAACACACAAAUGCCGGCUACCCUCUCGUUUGCUCGUCCAAGAGCGCCGGGUAGCCUUCGGAUCACAGCGUGGAACAUCACCAGUCUCAAAUCCAGCGAGCCCAAGGGCAUGUUGCGCUAUCUGGAAGCAGAGGAUGCCGACAUUGCAGUUCUCUCCGAGACAAAGGUCAACGACGUACCCAUGCAUCCUGCUCUCACCAAAAUAUACAAGCAUCAAUACUGGGCUAUCGGUAAGCAGAAGGGUUAUGCCGGGCUUGCCAUCCUCUCCAAGAUCCAACCCAUCAAGGCCAUCUAUGGCCUACCCAGUCUCAAGGAUCAAGAUACCAAGGGCCGCAUCGUCACACUGGAAUUUGAAAAUAGCUUCUUAGUCGGAACGUACGCUGUCAAUGCAGGCCUAGCAGAGCUAGAUGCUCAAAAACCGAUCAUCUGGUGCGGCGACCUCAACGUUGUUCAGGACGAACGGGACUUGGCCGCUGCCUCCAAGAAGUGGAACAAGAGUCCCGGCUACACAGCGAUCGAGUGCGACGCGCACCGUCAACUCCUACAGGGAACCGCCACUCCGACAUCAAAGCCGCUUGUCGAUGUCUGGAGGCAGCAGCACCCAGAUGCCAUUGGUCACUACACCUUCUAUGGCUGGCGGGGCUUUUGCCGAUCCAAAGGCAUCGGCUGGCGACUCGAUUCUUUCAUUCUUUCCGAACGCAUCGCACCCAAGGCUCUCGAGUGUGAGAUCAGACACGAAUGCUACGGUGCCAGUGACCAUGUUCCGAUCUACUGUGAUAUUCAAGGUCCCCUUUAG